AUGCGUCCACAAAUAUCGCCUGAGCAACAAAGAGGUCAGAGACUGUACCAGAAGGGGGACUUCAAGGCUGCGAUCGAGGCGUUUGGAGAGGCGCUCCGACAGCCGAAUGUGGAUACCAUUGGUAUUCUGGACAAUCGAUCGGCCACUUAUUGCAAGCUUCUACAGUAUGAUCUAGCUCGCCGCGAUGCGAAGCAAAUGAUCAAGACCGCCAAUAAUGACGAAAGAGGCUACAUGCGAUGCGCAAAAGUCCUGAUUCUCGAGGGUAAACCCGAGAAAGCUCAAGAAAUCUAUGCCUAUGGGCUGAGAACGAUGCCGAGCGAGCAUCCUAAACGAGGACUAUUGGAACAAUUACACAAGAAACUAGAGAAUCGCUUGCUUGGCAAUCGCGUCGACCCGUUUGCGGUGUUGCCUCUUGAAAUUGCCAUGUUCAUCAUCAACCAAUUCUCUUUCAGAGAGAUGGUAGGAUUGCUCCGAGUGUGCAAAGGCUGGGAACGACUGUUUUGCUCCAUGUCCCAUCUUUGGAUGGACAUCAACCUUAGUGGGGCACGACAAAAAGUUCCAUGGACUGCAAUCCGGACGUACAUUCGGCGUUCCAAGGCGAUGCUCACAGCAGCAACAAUCAAACAUUUAUCAGCUCCUUCAACAGUCAAAACAUUGGAAUUCCUCGGUCGUUGUCCGCAGCUAGAGCAUCUGGAGCUCUGGGUAGCGCAUGAUGGCAGAGACUUCUACCAAAAAUUCAAAGGAAGCAAAAGGUUGAAGAGCCUUGUCCUUUCUCCAGAGCUACCGAUAGAGCAUGACUACGUCGGCAAACUUCUGCAAGAUCUACCGAACCUUGAGCGUCUCACAAUUUGGAAUGUCAAGACCAGACAUCCUUAUCUCGAAAGGCCUAUCUUCGUGUGGCCGAAACUACUGCCGAAACUAAAAAGUAUUACUCUGGCGUCACAACAGGAUAUGCUCGUGCGGGAAGAGCAUUCACGAAAUUUCCAUGUGCUGUCGAUACCAGGAUUGGAUGAGAAUUCCGAGCAUGUUGUGUAUCCAAACCUGGAAGAAUUGCGUCUUGACUACAACCCCCUAUUGCACAGCGCCUACAGAUUCCCCAACGCCACGACUCGCCCGAUGCCUCCUCUGCGUCGUCUAGAACUGCGAGGUAUGACGAUGGAAACAAAUAUCUGUGCCACCUUGCCGGAUACCAUUGAAUAUCUGCACAUUGAAGGAGGCGCGUCGGCAAGAUACCUUGCAACGCAACUGGAGCCCCCAGGAAAACGUCUACCGAGAUUGCACACUCUACGAUUCGAAGACACAGGGUUCGCCACACAACAGACUCUUUCGGUCUUUCUCCAGGCUGAUCUCGUCUCACUCCGAACCCUCCACAUCAACGGCUGCUUACAGAUGACUGUGCGGGACCUGCUUGACAUGGCCCGCGAAUUCCCAGAGCUAGGAGAUCUCACCGAACUGAGCGUGAUCAAUCUUCCCGGUCUCGAUGAUCACGCGGCAAGUUCAAUUUUGAGUGACUUUAGCAAAUUGAAGGUGCUUGAUAUGUCGUGUACGGAAAUCACGGGCGUAACGAUUCGUCGUAUCGCCGACACGCGACUAUCGGACUCUACAGAAGUUGCUAGACUCGAUCGACUGAUUACUCGCAAUUGUGAAGGAAUCUCUUCUGAUGCUAUCACGUAUGGUCGAGGAACCGGGCUGCAAAUCAUGAUAUGA